CUCCAGCUUUUAAACCCACCUGGUGCCCAACUAGAUGCCACCGUCUAUUUCGUAUCUCAUCCUCAUCCCGUCUUGUUUUGUGUCUUCUCACCUUUUUGCGUGAGUGCGUCAGCUCGACUUUCGUUUUGCACCGGUCGACCUUUUUACCCUCUCUUCUCUUCUGCUCUAGAGACAUCGACCAGUUCGCUCGUUGUCAACCCCUCCGCCUGACGGAAUCCCCCACCGAUAAACAAAACAAACAAACAAAUCCAAAAAAUCAACCAGAAACAAGACAGCAUGGGUGCCGGUCGGUUUUUCUGCGUGGCUCUGCCACUGCUCCUCACAAUUGCCUCCAUCGGCACUCUGCUCUACGCAGUUCUCGCUGGCGUUGCCCACGAGAACGUCAAGCUCAUCCAGGUGGAUCUCAGCAACCUGAGCAUCAGCCCGCUGAGCUUAAAGACCCUCACCUCCCGAGCCGAAUUCAAUAUGAAGGAGACCCAGACGGAUAACAUCACCGCCGAAGCCCUCGGCCUCCACAAGUACUAUGACCUCACGCUCUGGGGAUCUUGCUCCUCCGAUGACAACAAGAAGUGGACUUGCACCAAGAGCCAGUUCGACUGGGCCAGCAAGCAGAUCAAUGCCGAUGACAUCAAGGAGGGCAGCACCACUAUCGAGCUGCCCAAGGAUAUCAAGGAUGCCCUCAAGGUCUUCCAGAAGCUCAUCAAGUGGUCUGAGGUUGCCUUCAUCAUCGCUCUUAUCGCCCUUGGCCUGGAGCUUCUCAUCGGCAUCUUUUCAAAUUUCUCUCGGGCUGUCUCCUGCCUGACGUGGUUUGAAUCUGUCAUCACCACCAUCCUUGUCAUCAUUGCUUGCUCUCUCUCCACCGCCACCGCUGCCAUCAUCGCUGGUGUUGUUCAGGGCUCCAAGUCGCUCUACGGUGCCAAGGUUCACCUUGAUGGCCGCUUCCUUGCCAUCAUCUGGAUUGGUGCUGCUUUCUGCCUUGGUGCCAGUCUCUUCUGGAUCUUCACCAUCUGCUGCUGCAAGCCCGAGAAGCGCCAGAAGAACCACCACCACUCCAGCGAUGGCGAGAAGCUGCUGCCCGCUGGCGGAUUUGGAUCUCGUGGAUACGCUCCCCUGGGCGAGCAGACCGGCUACACUUCCGCUGCUCCUCGCUUCGCCGCCGGCUCUGGCCGAUCCGACCUUGCCUACGAGCCCUACUCCCACCGCGCCUAAAUGGACGGUGUGACUCGACUUGGUAAUAAAAAAGGGCUUAAAAGGCACCGACCAUUUGUGGUACAUCUAGAUACAUAAACGACCGAAGAAGUACUUGGGUGCUUGUUGUGAUACGUUUUUAAACAUUCCUUUGCGCGGCGUUUGGUAUUAUAUUUGAGUAUGGAUAGGAUAUGGGGUGGCACAGUCAGUGGUUGGUAGUUGGGAUACCCAAGACGGUGGGAACAAUCUGUACAUAGAGUAUGGAGGAUACAUUUAUGAAUGAACGACAAGAAAAUUAUUGAAACCCAUAAU